AUGAAUCUUGUUACUACUUUUACUAGUUUCCUCUUCCUUUUGUCUCUUCACCAAAUCCUCGCCGACGAGAAAGUUCGUUACGACAACUUCCAAGUCUACCGAAUCACUCCUCGAUCGCAGAAAGCCGUUGAGGAUUUACGCCAACUUGAAGACAAUGGCUAUGAUUUUUGGACAAGUGUUAGAGGAGUCAACCAACCGGUUGAUAUCAUGGUUCCUCCUCAUUACAAACAUCGAUUCAAUGAUAUAAUCCGUUUGGGCCAAUUUGAUGCCGAAGUUUAUAUUCCGGAUGUGCAAAAACUCAUUGAUAACGAAAAAUCUCAAAGAGCUUCUGUAGGACUCGAGUGGUCUGAUUAUCACACUUUGGAUGAGAUCUAUGAUUGGUUGAAAAAUCUUGCCAAUACCAAUCAAAACGUCGAAUUGGUGACAGUUGGAAAAACCUACGAAGGAAGAGACAUUUUGGGGGUGAAAGUUUCCUUCAAGGAGGGGAAUGAGAAUCGGACUGUUUUUAUCGAAUCCAAUAUUCAUGCACGCGAAUGGAUCAGUUCAGCUGUAACAACCUGGAUUUUGAACGAAAUUUUGACCAGUUCAGACUCCAAUGUUCGUGAAGUUGCUGAGAGUCAUGAUUGGUACUUUGUUCCUGUUUUUAAUCCCGAUGGAUUUGUUUACACCCACACCACGGACCGCAUGUGGCGUAAAACACGCGUACCAUAUUUCCUAUGUGUGGGCGCUGAUCCUAAUAGAAAUUGGGACUUUCAUUUUAAUGAUGGUGGUAGUAGUCCUUCCCCGUGCUCUGAAACGUACUGUGGCCCUAAAGCGUUUUCUGAGCCGAGUACUAAAAGCAUUUCGGAGUUUAUUUCGACAAUUGGGUCGAAAUUGCAAGCUUAUAUUGCGUUCCAUUCGUACUCGCAGCUUAUGUUGCUGCCUUAUGGGUACACGUCGGACCAUUUGGAAAAUUACCAAGAUUUGUAUGACGUUGGAGUUAAAGCGGCCAGUAGUUUAGCCAAACGAUACAAUACAAAGUAUCAAGUUGGAAAUAUUGUUGAAGUUCUUUAUGUGGCAAGUGGGGGUAGCAUGGAUUGGGUAAAAGGUACUUUUGGGACCCCAAUCACCUACACUUAUGAACUGAGAGAUACAGGGCGUUAUGGAUUUGUUUUACCCCCAGAUCAGAUCAUUCCAACAGCUGAGGAAACGCUUGAUUCCCUUGUAACAAUAUUGCAAGAAUUUGAUAAAUUGUAGAAAGUAAAAGUGCAAAUAAAACUUUUUCUUAUUUUA